UUAGAAAUAGCAGUAGGGGCGGGGGAGUUAGUUGCGCGCAGAAGAGAAGAGAGGUGGCGGGGAAUGACUUAACAAACAAAAAACACUGGCCAUCCGAUACAUAAGGCAACACAAUCACGAGAAAGCUGCGGAAGGAAACGGACCCAAUUACCCUUUCUUUCCACAAUUCAUUCAUUCACGUGACAUCACCUCUCUCACCCUUUCUAGUAUCCAAUUUCCUUCCAAUUCGAUCCACAGAAGCAGAAGGAGAUGGAAAAGAAGAAGUACCCCAUCGGGGAGGAGCAUUACCUUCUCUACGAGGAGAUUGGCCAGGGGGUCAGUGCCUCUGUCCACCGCGCUCUCUGCCUCCCCUUCAACGAGGUCGUCGCCAUCAAAAUCCUCGACUUCGAACGUGACAACUGCGAUCUGAACAACGUUUCUCGCGAGGCCCAGACAAUGAUCCUGGUGGACCACCCCAACGUCCUCAAAUCGCACUGCUCCUUCGUCAGCGAUCACAAUCUGUGGGUUGUCAUGCCCUUCAUGUCCGGCGGUUCAUGCCUCCACAUACUCAAAGCCGCCCACCCCGACGGUUUCGAGGAGGUGGUCAUUGCUACCGUUCUCAAAGAGGUCUUGAAGGGUUUGGAGUACCUUCACCACCACGGCCACAUCCACCGCGACGUCAAGGCCGGCAACAUUCUCAUCGAUUCACGCGGGGCCGUCAAGCUCGGCGACUUUGGUGUCUCUGCCUGCCUCUUCGAUUCCGGUGACCGCCAACGCACAAGGAAUACAUUUGUAGGAACACCUUGCUGGAUGGCACCUGAGGUCAUGGAGCAACUUCACGGCUACAAUUUCAAAGCUGACAUCUGGUCGUUUGGUAUAACCGCCUUGGAGCUUGCACAUGGCCAUGCCCCUUUCUCAAAGUUUCCACCAAUGAAGGUACUGCUCAUGACUCUCCAAAAUGCACCCCCUGGCCUUGACUACGAAAGGGAUAGGAAGUUCAGUAAGUCUUUUAAGCAGAUGAUUGCUAGUUGCUUGGUAAAAGAUCCUUCAAAACGACCCUCUGCAAGCAAGUUGUUAAAACACUCCUUCUUUAAGCAGGCUCGCUCCAGUGAUACUAUAGUCAAAAAACUUUUGGAGGGGUUGCCUGCUUUAGGUGACCGAAUGGAAGCUCUAAAGAGAAAAGAAGAAGAUAUGCUCGCACAAAAGAAAAUGCCUGAUGGAAAGAUGGAGGAAUUAUCACAGAACGAAUACAAACGAGGAAUUAGUGGUUGGAACUUCAAUCUUGACGACAUGAAGGCUCAGGCUUCCUUGAUCCACGAUUUCGACGAUGCUAUGUCCGAUAUCAACCAUGCAGGAAGUUCAAGUUCUUUAUCUACACUUGAUUCACUAGAUAAGCAAUUGCCAAGUGCAAUUCACAAACCUUCUCGAUCUGCUGAUAUGGAAGAGAAUGAUGAGAUGCGACGUCAAUUAGCUUCUGCUCUCCUAGUUGAUUCUGCAGUAAACGAUGCCAAAACUAGGUUCGAAAAAUCCGAUGAUGACUCUAGCAUCGCCAGUUCAAGCCAUGAACCACAAACUUCUUCAUCCUGUCCAGAUGAUCAUGUGAACAAUCAUUUGGGUGAAAAAUCUGAUAUGGAAAAUGGUGGAAGAUCCGUGGAGGGAAUGGCUACCCAUUAUUAUCAUAGAAGAGGAUGUUCAUCCAGCAUCUUACCUGAAGCUACUCUUCUUCCUAUUCGGGCAGAAAGUGAGAAACCACAAAAUCUGCCCCACAACGUUUCAAGUUGCAAUGCAACUUCAGUUCCACAGACAGGAGAGGACGUGCUUACCGAACUUCCUUCUAGAGUCUCAAAAUCAUCAGCUAAUUCUGAUGACACUGAUGAGAAAUCAAAGGUGCCAGUUGUACAGCAGAGAGGGCGUUUUAAGGUUACAUCUGAGAAUGUUGACCCAGAAAAGGUGGCCCCUUCUCCUCUAUUGCAAAAGAGCCAUAGCAUGCAGGUUUUUAGCCAGCAUAAUACUGCUUCUAUACAUCCUACUUUGCCAUUACUACCGGCAUCUGAUGCCACAUCAUCAAAUCUUUCUGGCUACUCUCUGUUUCCUGUGUUACACUCUGUACUGCAGACAAAUAUUCUUCAAAGGGAGGGCAUUUUAAGUUUAAUGAAGCAAAUUACUGUCGGUGACUCUUCAGCUGAUGGCACAUGCAACCCAGCACAGGUAGCAGCAACAGAGAAAUCUUUGCUUGAAGCAGCUCACGAGAGGGAAAAGGAGUUACUUCAUGAGAUAACAGAUUUGCAGUGGAGGCUUAUCUGUACCCAGGAGGAGCUUCAAAAGUUGAAAACAGAAAACGCCCAGAAGUGAUUGGGUUAAGUGGAUGCUUGGAUUACUCAAUUUUAAGUUCUUUACGGACACUUAAAAAAUUGAAGUGCAGGAAGAAACUAGAAUAAGGGCCAUACAAAAUCUCUAGACUAGAUAUGAAGCAGAAUGCUACUUGUAGGUUUUUUUUUUUUUUAAUAAUUUAGAAGCUAUAAACUUUACUCAUAGUUUUCUCGUUAGAGCAGUUUCGGUGUUGAUAAUUGUUUUUGUAAAUUAUUUUAGCAUUAUUUCCUGGUUGUAAAUUAUAAUGCACAUGGUACUUCGUGUCCUAUAUUCCUCGUCUUUAGAGUUCA